AUGAACGUGUACAGUAUGAACCACAAAGGGCACCACAGAGUAAACACAGCCCAGUGUGCAGUAACUGUGGCCGUUGUUUACAGCAGCGUGGACGAGACUGUACUGGGGAAGGUUUCCAUCUCCGGCUCUGCUGCUGCUGCUCUCCGCUGUGUCUCUGUGCAUGUUAAUUACUCCGCUGCCGGACCUCCAUUAUCGACACUAAUUGUCUCAGCAGCAGCACCGGAUCAAUCCCAGCCAGGAGGAAGUUCAUCACCGAGAAUAAAACACUGCGGAGCGGAGCUGGAAGUGUCUAAUUGGACUAAAACAGGAGAUAAGGAACAGCAGCGCGAGAGCACAGAUCAACAGAGCGUCGAACAGAAGAGCUGUGAGUCACUGAGUGGCUUCGACGGAGCUCCGACCCCCUCCGGCUCCUUUGUCCUGGUGGGUGUGUGGGGCUGUGGGGGCUGGGAGGUUACGACCCGCCGAUCAGGAGCAGGAAUGAAUGGCCGCGGCCCGUCCGUGGUGGACGCCGGCACCUUCUGCUCCCACAUGAGGCUGGCGUGGAGAAUCAGCAACUGCUCACGGGUGCACAUCUCGGGUCCGCCGGCAGAUGUCGCUGAUGUUCUCAGUAGGAGCGCGUGUGUCCGGGCUGGAGUGAAGUGGGAGUGUAAACUCGGCGCUCUGUUGACUCUCGCGCGCCGCUCGCGCUGCCACUCUCCCACUCUCAGUCAGGUCGCGCUGGUGAUGAUGGCUCUCCGGCUGCCGUGGCUCGCUCUGAGUCUCGCGGCGCUCGCUCACCUGAGCGCGAGCAGUCCACACACGUGCGCCGGUGUGAGGAGAGAGUUCGUUCUGCGCCAGGUGGGAGAGGGCAGGAGCGUGCCGGACGCACCUCGGACAGGUUCGGAUCUGCAGGUGUGCAUGUCCCGGAACCUGACGUGCUGUACGAGGAAGAUGGAGGAGCGCUACCAGUUCACUGCACGGAGGGACAUCCAGAACCUUCUACAGACGACCAGUUCCAGCCUCAAAGGCCACAUCACACACAGUGUCGCCGGGUUACAAGAGGCGGUGGAGUCACUGGUGCGUCACGCUCAGAACCAGACGGUGGCGCUCUUGCUCUCCACAUACCGGGACCUGGCGGAGCGUGCAGCACCCCAUGUGUCUGAACUCUUCACGGACAUGGGUCUGUUUGUGCUGGGGGCGGAGCUUGGGCUGGAGGAGGCGGUGCAACGUUUUUUCCACGCCCUCUUCCCGCCGGUGUUCGAGCGGCUGGUGGAGCCGGGCCUGGAUCCACUGGACCCGGCCUACGGAGAGUGCGUGCGCUCGGUGGGCCGCGGGCUGGCGCCGUACGGGAGCUAUCCUGGCAUGCUGGCCAAGCAGCUGACCCGCGCCUCACUGCCCAACCGCGUCCUCCUGCAGGCGCUGCACCUGGGCGUGGAGGUCAUCAACACCACGGACCACCUGCAGCUCAGCCGCGAGUGCCGCAAGGCGCUGCUGCGCAUGAGCUACUGCCCGCACUGCCAGGCGCUGAUCAGCAGCAGGCCCUGCAUGGGAUACUGCCUCAACGUCCUGCGCGGCUGCCUCGCCAGCCUCGCCGAGGUGGACUCCCACUGGAGGGAGUUUGUGCGCUCCCUGGAGGCGCUGUCCACCCGGAUGAGCGGUGGAGCAGAUCUGGAGCGGGCACUAGCCGCGGUGCCCACCGUCGUCCGAGACGCCAUCGCACACGCGCACAAGAACGCCCCCUGGCUGUCCACCCAGAUCCGCGGUGCGUGUGGCCACCCCAGCAGGCUGCAGUCCGGUGGGGUCCAGCAGGGGGUCCGGGACUCACUCCCCCUCCGAGUUUCAGCCAAACCUGCAGAGGAAACUCUCAGCAGCAGGAGACAGGACUUUGUCGGGGGUCUGCGUCUGUACCGGGCCUUUUACGGUGGUCUGGCUGAUCAGCUGUGUGUGACCGAGCUCGCAUCAGGAGACGGAUUAGCCUGCUGGAACGGAGCCGACGUGGUCAGGAGCUACACUCAGCGGGUGGUGGGCAGUGGGAUAAAGGCCCAGGCGGAGAAUCCGGAGGUCCGAGUUAAGGAGGCAGAUCCAGUCAUCAAUCAAGUGAUCGAUAAACUGAAGCACAUCAAUCAGCUCCUGCAGGGUCGCUCCAUCCCGAAGCUCGGCACGCUGGACCUGAUCGAGACGGGCAGCGGAGACACAGAGGGUCCCUACAGCGGAGACUGCGAUGAUGAGGACGGAUGCUGGGGGUCUGGGAGCGGUCCAGGGGUGAGGAGAACCACCAUUGGGACCACCAAAUCGCCCCCAAACGCGGCCUCUCAAGAUCCCCCAAACUCGGCCUCCUUCACAGCCAGGAUUAGCGCCUGCAUGCUAAAACGCAGCGGGCAGAUUGCCCAGCCACAUUCGCUCUGA